AUGAGAUCAUCCACCUCAAGAAGAGUCUUCAGGCUCAGAAGUCCGAAGGAAAGGAUGAAAGCCAAACUACGGCGUCUGGAGGAGGACAAAACUAAGAAAGACAAGCAAAUAGAACAGCUGCUGGAUCCCACCAAGGGACCAGAGUACACACUGAGUCUGGUGGACAAGAAACACCAGGGGAGCCUGGUUGUUAAUGGACUGAAACAGAGAAUCCUGAAGCUGGAACAGCAGUGUAGAGAGAAAGAGAACACUGUGACUAAACUGCAGAGUGAGCUGCAGACCACUAAUCUGGAGGAGUUGAAGAUCACAGUGGAGACCUACUUUGAGGAGAUUCAGAGACUAAGGAUGAUAUUGGACGCAACAGAGAAAAGCAGUAGAACAGAGAGUAAAGGUUCUCAGAGGAAGCAGAGGGUUCUAAGCUCUACGGUUCUGCGUCUAUCAGAGAACCUGAAACAGCUACAGCAGGAGAACCACACACUGAGAGAGGAACUCAACACAGACAGCCCAGCCAGCGGGCUGAAAGCCUACAAAGACUGGAGCAAACAGAGAGUGUUCAGGAGACUGGUGGAACUGGAGACGAGGUUAGAGGAGGUGAGGAGUGCCCCGGCCAGGAGGAGUGGGGUGGACAGACUAGUCCAGACUGACCAACUCACCACACCCACGGAGACAGGGGUUGCUACGCUGCCGGGGAUAACCACCGUAACAACAGAAGGGGGCGUUGCAGCGGUAAACAACCAACAGGAAGGGGAGGGGUUUGUCCGUCUGAAGGGGUGUGUCAGACAACUGGAGCAGGAGAAGGCGGAGCUACAGGAGACGCUAACCGAUAGAGAACAGGAGCUGAGACGACUGAUGGCUGAAAGAGAGCAGGAAGAGAAAGAGACGGAGAGGAGGAAGAACGAACAAAGGAGUGAACAUGAGAAGGAAACACAACUCUACCAACUGGAGAUAGAACAGCUGACCGUGAAGAUACAAUCUCUGGAGGAGGAGAAGAAGAGAUGGACUGAAGAAGAACAGAGAGAGAGGGAAGAACAGAACCAGGAGAACCGGAAGGAGAACCCAGAAGGGAGGGAGGAGAAGGAAAGGGCAGCUAGGGUGAUCCAGAGAGAGUGGCUGGAGCACAGAGAAAGGGACACAGUGUUGAUCCAGUCAGCAAUAAGAGGACAUCUCCUCAGACAGAGCCAGAUAGCUCACCUCCGAGACACACACACCAGCACUCUCAACAAGAAUAGCCAAUCACAGAGUGGCAGUGAUGUUACCUCCUGUGUGGAGGAUGGGGAGCUGGUUGCCGUGACGCUGAUCCAGUCUGUGUUCCGAGGUCACCUGACACGCAGCAGACUAAUGACGGAGAGCUCUGAGCCUCCAGCCCCUCCUCCCUGUGGACCCACACCAGCUCCUAGAAGAGUCCCCUCUGUCCCUUCAACACACACUCCCAGCAACACAGCCCUUCCAGGCAGUGAUGUAGAUGAAGAUGUAACGGAGCUGAGUGAGGAAGAUCCCUGGCCUGUCUCUAACAUACUGUCCAACAGGAGGAGACUCACACCAGCCCAACUACAGCUCCAUCCACCUCCAGACUCCAAGGUUUCCAAGGCGAUGGACUCUGAGGAUUCCGACGAUGACAUCAUCGUGUCUCCAUCUCGUCUCGUGGGAAGGAGAGAAGAAAUCUACUUCUAGACCAGAGCAUUGCAUUAUGGGAUAUGAAGUGUGUGUGUGUGUGUGUAGCUGGGUAUGCAGGCUUUUACUCCAGCCCUACACCAGAUUCAAUCAAGGUCCAGAGGACAUGCUGAUAAGUAGAACCAAGUAUGUUUUGGUAGUGCAGGGCUGGAACGAAGUCAUGCACAUGCAGUAGCUCUCCGGAAGGGGAGUGGUUGUUGGUGUCAGGGCUGUAAUAAUAAUAAUGAUGAUAAUAAUAAUGAUAAUCCUGCACAUAUCCAGGAGGGUUGCUUGGCCAGCUCUCCGCCCAAUAAAUCUCUGUUCUGAUACCGAUCGUUUUUUAUGUUGCCAAAGUGCCUGAGUGCUGUAUAUAGAUUAUUGAUGGUCAUAAACAAAGUUAUAAAUCAUGGAGUUUAUUGGAGAUUGAGCGACUUUUAAUUCAUGUCUAUCAAUAGAAACACUGCUGAUUCAAACUGUGAACUUAUCAUCAUAAUCUACUGCAAUAUGACGCUCAGAGGAGAGUGUGCGCGCGUGACUGGUAGGGAUUUUGUGUUGUUGUUAUCGUGCCUUGAGUUGUGUUUUUUAUAAUAGCUGUAAUCCAUGAACAUAAUGUUUUAUCUGAUUAAAUGAGUAUCUUUCCUUGUAUCGUAAAACA